AUGGACUCUGAAGGCGAGGCCAACACAGCGCCCUCUGGCGAGGACCGACGCAACGCCCAGGUCGACAAUGCCAUUCGCGCAAUCCAAGAGAAGAAGCCGGUCCCUGAGAUCGACUUUACUAUCCACACCAUGGAGGACAACACCCAGGUCAACACCAUGGAGCGUGUUUGCAAAGACGUUCAGGCUCCUGCUAUGUACAAGCCUACCGACGAGCAAUUCUUCGAAGAUGACACUCACUCCAAGCCCAAUCUCCAGUUUCUUAAGCAGCACUUCUACCGCGAGGGUCGCCUUACCGACGAUCAGGCUCUUUGGAUCUUGAAGAAGGGUACUGAGCUUCUGCGAGCUGAGCCCAACCUUCUCGAGAUGGAUGCUCCCAUCACAGUUUGCGGUGACGUCCACGGACAGUAUUACGAUCUUAUGAAACUUUUCGAAGUUGGUGGCGACCCCGCCGAGACCCGAUACCUCUUCCUUGGCGACUACGUCGAUCGAGGUUACUUCAGUAUAGAAUGUGUUCUCUACCUCUGGUGUCUCAAGAUCCACUACCCCAAGACUCUCUGGUUGCUGCGAGGAAACCACGAAUGUCGCCAUUUGACCGACUACUUCACCUUCAAGCUCGAAUGCAAGCACAAAUACUCAGAGAUCAUCUACGAGGCCUGCAUGGACUCUUUCUGCGCCCUCCCCCUUGCGGCUGUCAUGAACAAGCAAUUCCUCUGCAUCCACGGUGGACUGAGCCCCGAACUGCACACUCUCGAUGACCUGAAGAGCGUUGAUCGUUUCCGUGAACCUCCUACUCAGGGCCUCAUGUGCGAUAUCCUCUGGGCCGACCCCCUCGAAGACUUUGGCCAGGAAAAGACGAGCGACUACUUCCUACACAACCACGUCCGAGGAUGUUCAUACUUUUUCUCCUAUCCUGCUGCAUGUGCUUUCUUGGAAAAGAAUAACCUCCUAUCCAUCAUCCGCGCGCACGAGGCUCAGGAUGCAGGUUACAGAAUGUACCGUAAGACACGCACCACUGGUUUCCCAAGUGUCAUGACUAUCUUUUCCGCGCCCAACUACCUUGAUGUUUACAACAAUAAGGCCGCCGUUCUCAAGUACGAAAAUAACGUUAUGAACAUUCGGCAGUUUAACUGCACUCCUCAUCCUUACUGGCUUCCCAACUUUAUGGAUGUCUUCACCUGGUCUCUUCCUUUCGUGGGAGAAAAGAUCACCGACAUGCUUAUUGCCAUUCUCAGCACCUGUUCCGAGGAGGAGCUCAAGGAAGAGACGCCCUCCUCUGCAACAUCGCCCGGUCCCGCUUCGCCAGCAUUGCCCAACGACCCCGAGUCGAUUGAGGUUCGACGAAGAGCCAUCAAGAACAAGAUUCUCGCCAUUGGCCGACUAUCUCGUGUAUUCCAGGUGCUUCGCGAGGAGUCCGAGAAGGUUACAGAACUCAAGACUGUUUCUGGUGGAAGGUUGCCUGCUGGAACCCUCAUGCUUGGUGCCGAGGGUCUCAAGAACGCCAUCAAUGGAUUUGAAGAUGCCCGAAAGGUUGAUUUGCAGAAUGAGAGGCUACCACCUACGCACGAUGAGGUGGUUAAGCACCAGGAGGAGGAACGAAACACCGCGCUCCAGAAGGCUGCUGAUGAUGCCAACAACGACAAGAAGUUGCAGCAGCUAUCCAGAAGGCUCAGCACUGACCGCAAGAACCGAGCUCCAACAUCAUAA